AUGUAUGAAAAUUGUUCAACAACAGUUCAAUGUGAAGCGGGAGACUGCGUGGGAUUCAUCGUACAGGCAGGCCUUCAUCAAGGGUCAGCCUUAAGCCCAUUCUUAUGCGCUCUGUUGCUGGAUGUAAUAACAGAAGAUCUGAGACAUAAAAUCCCCUGGACAAUACUGUAUGCAGAUGAUGGAUUUUUGUGUGCAACUGAUGAUGAAGAACUAAAUAUUAAAAAAGAGGGAUGGAGGAACUGUCUGGAGGAGAGAGGUCUGCAAAUAAAUAGAAUCAAGACUGUUGGAAUGCGCUGUGAAUCUGAUGAAGCAGAAAGAGAAAGAAAAGAUCUUGAGAUUGAUUUUCAUAAGUUUGAAGAGGCAGAAAGUUUUAAAUAUCUGGGGUCUGAUCCUAAAUACAUGAGACCUAGAUGA